AAAUGUUUUUAAUAAAAAAUAUUUUUAUAUAAACAUCAUUUGGUAUAAAAUUUGUCGAGUUUGUUUCAAUUAAAUGUGAAGUUUCGAAAUUAAAUGCCAGUAUUCGUACCUGAUAAAAUUUCUAGCGCUCCCGUCAAUAAAAUUUUCGUGAACAAAACUUUAUCAGUGUGGAUUUACAAUGGAAUUGGAUUUACCAAAUGUAUCUAUUACGAGAUACUCACGAGGCUACGUCGAAGAAGAGUAUGGCAGCAAAGAAGAUAGCGAAGAUUCGGUAUCUGACAAAGACAUAAUCGUAGUCCAACCAGACAUUAUAUUGGACGAUUAUGAUGAUAAAUCGGACCCGGAUGAUCUUGAUUCUUUGGAUCAAGAUGAUGAUUCAACGAAUGUUUCGUUACGAUCAGAUGAAUUCUCUGAUGAGGAACCUUUUGAAAUGGAUGCAAGUCUCGCAGAAUUGUGUACAACAGAGCAUGCAGUCGAUGGUGAAGCACCCGAAAUAUCUUUAGGACCCACACUACCCAUAGAACCCUUAGUAAUGAUACAAACGCCAAAAUUACCUUUACCACCAACGACCACAAUAACUCCGACCAUAGCCCCUGAUCGACCCUAUAAAUGUGAAUUAUGUACCAAAGCAUUUCGUUUUAAUAGCGAUUUAAAGAAACAUUUUCGUACACACACCGGUGAAAGGCCUUAUCAAUGUACAUUUUGCCAAAAGACAUUUAGUCGAUCAAGUCACUUGAAUGCUCACAAGCGUGUACACACCGAUGAAAGACCCUUUGAAUGCGAUUUAUGUGAUAAAAAAUUUAAAGAUAAAUCAAUAUUAGGCCGACAUAAACGUUUACAUAACGAGAAAAAAUUCGAAUGCAACAGAUGUAAUAAAUCUUUCUUGAAAAAUUCCGAAUUACGAAUACAUGAACGAAGUCAUUUUCCGACUCCAAUAUUAAAAUGUGAUGUUUGCAAUAAAGAAUUUAAAUUUGCUUUACAUUUAGAAGUACAUAAAAAAACACAUGAAAUAAUUCCAACAAAAUUAGUUGAAAAUCUACCACCAUCGCUAGAAAUCAAACCAACACCGGUUGCAAUACAAACAAAAAUUGCUAUAAAAGAGGAACCAAUCGAUAUAAAGUAUCCAAUCAAUUUAAAAGUGGAACCAACGAUUAAAAAUGAAGAACCCAUGUUCGUUAUGGAGAAUUAUUCUUGUGAAAUAUGUAAAAAAACGUUUAUAAACGAGACCGGCUUAACAAAACAUCGUCGUACUCACACAGCCGAACGACCAUUUAUUUGCAAGGUAUGUGGUAAAGCUUUCAGUUGUUUCAGCCAACUUGAAAUACACAAUCGUGUUCAUACUGGUGAACUACCAUAUCGUUGUGAUAUUUGUCACAAACUUUUCAAUCAACGUAGUAAUUUACAAACACAUAAAAAACGACAUCUUGGUACAGCAAAUGUUUAUCAAUGUUCAAUAUGUACUCGGAGCUUUUCAACACUGAAAUUAAUGAAAAAUCAUUUACGUGAGCAUGCUGAUUUAUGGAAAGGAGCUACCCCACCGAAUCUUACACCCAUUACAUCAUAAUUUACGUAAUAUUUUAUCUUUUUUUUUUUUAACUUCGA